GACAGAAGGGGCUUUCCUUUCGAGGCGCAGCACCAGUAGAGCUGAGGGGUGGUCCUCACAAGGUCGAGUUUACUCGCAGUGCAGUGACACCGCUAGCUCCGCCUAACAAUGCCCGCGCCUUCAGUGAUCAGCAAUUCUCGGAGCAAGAAGCGGAAGAAGCCAAAGCCUGAAGCAGCUAGCGUUGAUGGGGAGGGUGGUGCAACGUCCAACAAGCUGCAGAAGCUCAACAAGGAUACAGCCGAGGCUGGAGGAAGCCCGGUGAAUGCGUUUUUGCGAGCGUGGGCUUGGAAACGGGAGCCACUUCCCGAUCGAUACAAGUACGACCUGCCGUAUGUACAUAAGUUCGUCUCGGGGGGUCAAGAAGGCAGCCUGACUAUCCAGCAGAAGCGUUUCAAAGAGACGGGCUUUGCAUCUACAGUGUGGGACAGCUCAAUCGUCCUGGCCAAGUACCUGGAGCGGUGGCAAGAGGCCUUGGUGCGCGGCAAGAGGUGCAUCGAGCUGGGCGCCGGCUGCGGCCUCGUAGGCAUUUGUGCUGCACGGUUCGGUGCGGGCUCCGUUGUGCUCACCGACCUCCCGGGAAAUCUGUCGCUUCUGGAGCGCAACCGCUCGGGAAAUAGUACGCAAGAUACACAAGUUUCAGAGCUCGUCUGGGGGGCCGAUGUGGCGCAUCUAGAAGCUCCCUUUGAUGUUGUGUUUGCAACUGACGUAAUCUACGAUGGAAGUGUGAUACAUCAGUUGGUCGCUACGUUGAUCAAGCUGUCAAACGAGCGGACGCGCAUUUUGAUAGCUUAUGGUCGAAAUAGGUGGGCUGAAAAAGAAUUCAUGGAUGCAAUUCAACUAGACUUUGACGUGGUAGAGGUCGGCAGGGAGCUCUUAGACAGCGUCUAUGCUUGCGACGAUGUUAAGAUGCUGAGCUUAACACGUCUAGCGCGACGGACGCCAACUUGAUCGGAAAGACGUGUCUUGAUGGCAAUUCGUAGGAAAGCAUUAGGCAGCCGGUUACGAAUCACGGGCGACUUGCCACGAAAUGGCCG